AUGGGUCCAUCCGGAGAAACAAAAAGCAAUGUUCAGGUACCUUAUCAAUGUAUAACAUAAAAUUUUUUUUUUUCAUCGUAAAAUCUCCGCGAUUUUUUGUAGAACUCAAAUUCCUCCGAGAUCCGACAGUCGGACCUGUCGUUGUUCGACAUCUCCACCACCGAUCUGUCGUUCUCCGCGCCGGAGUCGGAGCCCUUCUUCUCCAUGGGCGAGGAGCCGCAGUUUCAGCCGAGACAGGUGGAAGAAGUUGAGGAACCCGAAUUCGACAGCGAUUUUGAAUACGAAUUGGAAGUGGCGAGAGGCGACAGUGAUCCUGAGAGCAAUGCAGCGAAGGAACGGGCCAAAACCGAGGUAAAGUCGGGUUGAGUCGACUUUCUCUCAGUUUUGGGUCAACUGUUUCGCCGAAAAAUAUUGUUGUUGCCCGACCACAAAAGUCGGUUUUUUCUUUGUGAAGAUGGUUGGAAAUACGGCGGAUUGUUGUUGCAUUAGCAAGAUGGAGUCACUUUCUCUCUCAUUUUUAUUGGCUGUUCGUAUUUUAGUUGAAAAUUUUAUGAAAUCUCAGCCUUUUCAUUUAGGCUGCUUUUGAUGUCUUGUGUAAUAUAAAAUCCAGUAUUUUGGGAGGUUUUGCCCAAUCAAAUUACGUCUAAAUGACUGGAUGUGGUAUUUUCAGGAGAAAAUCUUGAGCACAGCCAAGGAUAACAGCCUCCUGACCGGUCUCGAAUUAUCAUGGAAGGAGAAUUUUCGGCGUCAUGGAAGCGACGAAAAACUCAAUGAAUCCUUGCCCGAUCUUCCAGAUAUAAUUCCCAGAAAAAGUGACAAGCCGGUAGCCAAAAGUCCUGCGGUCCUCACGGCUUUGGAGAAUUCCAUUUGUCAGAUUUUUCCGGAAAAUGGCCGCAGAAUCAGGUCGGCCUCCUCGAUCUCGGACGGCCCGACGAAAGGAGUCUCAACUGCCGUAGAGUUUUCAGAAAAGCGAGAUAAAAGCAAAUCGGAGAGGUCUAAAGACUCGACGGAAACGAAAUCGAAGGAUAGCCAGGUAUAUUUUGGAGCUAUAUUGUUUUAGGUAGUUUUGAAGAUAACUUUGAGAUUUUUCCAAAUUUGCUUGGUUUUUAGGUAACGAAAUGUGUUGUAGUGUUAAUAUAAUGAGUUUGAAGGCCCAGAAGAGAGGACUAUUAUCAAAAAAUUAUAUUAUACAUGAUGUUUUCAGCCUCUCUCAACUAUAAGUCCCGCUAAAAUCAAUCCUCCAAAGCUACCAGUGGCCUUGGUUAUGGUCGAUGAAUCGACCGCCGAAGAAGGAAUCUACGGAUUUGGAGAGAACCUCUCAAAAUUUGAGAAAAAAGAGAAGAAAAGAGCUCCAGGCGACAAGAAAAAGAAGAAGCGACGUACGAAAGCCGACGCGGAGAGCGUUCCGGUAAGUUUUCUUUGUGAAACCUUGAAUUUUGUGCGUAAUUUAGAUUAAAAACAUUGAAAUUUCAGUGCUUCUCAUCCUCAACUGCCUAUGAUCCGGCGGAUGAUGCGACGGUGGUCUCCAGCAGCGCUAGUAAUAUCGCAGAGACUCCAAAAAAUGCCCAUGAAACCACGGUCUCUCCAAAGAAAGUUAGCAAUCUGGAGGUUCUCACUGUAAGUUUUUUUUGAUGUUAUCGAAUUUACCGUGCAAGUGUUGAAAUUGGGUAAUUUUGCGUAAUGAAAUCGUUGUCCCCGAGACGGGGUUGUCUCCACUUUUUUGGUCGUUUUUGUCACCGGCUCGAGACUGUGGAGAACGAAGAGAGUGGAGACAGAAAUGCCGCUAAAAUGAAUGAGAACCAAAAAAAAUCCCGCAACGUGAAAAAACAAGGAUUGGGCCUGUUUUUGUCCCGAAGACGUUCCCCCACUUUUUUGGGCCUUUUUGUCCCCCGACCGGUUUUGUUUCCAGGCCGUUUUUGUCCCCCAUAUUUUUAUUUUUGAAAAUUCUUUGACCAGCUAGCCAAUGAGUUGAAAUCACAGCCAAAUUUCUUAAUGGCUAGCCGAAGGCCUAGGUCGGCUUGCCAAACUGUCAGAAUGGCGUUAAAGCCUCUAAAAAGCUAGCUUAAAAGUUGGAAUGAGUGUCAAAAAGUUGCAAAUCACAGCGAAAUUAUUAAAAUAGCUUGUAAAAACCUGGAUCAGAUAGCCAAAGUGUCAGGAUAGCUGUGAAGCCUCAAAAAAAAGCUAGCGAAAGAUUGGAUCCAGGUUUUUACUCGCCAUUUUAAUAAUUUGGAUGUCAUUUGAAACUUUUUGACACCCAUUCCAACAUUUAAGCUUGCUUUUGCGAGGCUUCAACGCCAUUCUGACAGUUUGACAAUCCGAUCUAGGUUUUUGGCCGGCCAUUGAAAAAUUUGGUUGUGAUUUCAACUGAUUGGCUAGGUGGUCAAGGAAUUUUCAAAAAUAAAAAUAUUGGGGACAAAAACGGCCUGGAGACAAAACCGGUCGGGGGACAAAAAGGCCCAAAAAAGUGGGGACAAACCCGGGGUGGGGACAAAAACGGGCCCAAUCCUAAUUUUGCACGGGGGAUUUUUUUGGGUUCUCAUUGACUGCACUGUACGUUCAUUUAUUCAUUAUCGCGGCUUUUCUCUGCCCAUUCUCUUCGUUCUCCGCAGUCUCGAGCUUUCAGCGACAAGUUUUGCACGGUGCGGAGGUGUUUUGGGUUCUCAUCGGCUGCAUUGCGCGAUUAUUUAAAAUUUUUUUGAUGACUUUAUUUCAGAACGAAGCCCGUCGGAUUGUAUGUUGCCAUAUCAGCUCUGAACUUGUCGAAAAACCGAAGACCGGCCUGUUCAAAUGGGAGGACUUUCCCCUCGUCAGCGAAGUAGGGGUUUUCUUUGAUUUUUCAUUUUUUUCGCGUUUUCCGUUUUUAAUGUCGUAUUUAUUAUUUAAGCUGACCAAUCAAAUGGAUUUUGUCACAGCGUUGAACGUCUUGCGUCCCGGCUUGCAUGAAGAAGACUACUGUAAAUUGAUGGAGAAAUACCAGGAGGAAUGCCGAUUCCAGGCCAUUAAGAGCGUUCGCACCGCUCAGAACAAGGAUGACACGGAUAAAGGAGAGGUAAAUAUUUUUUUGACAAAAUUUACCCAUUUUGCGGGGACUUUUUUAACUUUUGCCUAGUACAAUAUAAUUUUUUAGGGAUUGAACGGCCAAGCACUUGGAGAGUCAAUCAAUCGUGUGUUCAAUGAAGUAAGAGAUUGUUUGUCAUUGAUUUAGGCAGAAAAUGUUGUUGUUUUUUGGGUGUGGUAAGAGGUGACGAAAAAAAUUGAAACCAAAAAUUUUACUUCUAAUUAAUACAGUAACAGACUCUUUUUUAUUAAUAAAUGGAUGUUUUAAGGCCCGUCAGAAGAGCGAGAGGGCCGCCGAACGUCGUGAGCGUCAAAAUUUGGAUAAUGUUCAUCGAAAUGUAUGCCAACUCCUCAAGGAUUCGCAGCAAAAUGUGCUCAACGAAUUCUCCGGCGGAGAGAAAUUGAAAUCCAAGACUGUGGUGAGGGUUUGUCAUCAAUUUUUUUAUCUGUUGGUUUUUAGAGAUGCGAAGAAGUUCGAAAUUUUGAGGAUCUGAAGAAGGACCUCCAAGAACACACCGAAAAUGAAAUGCGGAAGAUUGUGAGGAGAGUCCUCCGAAGAGAGGUACGGAAUUUUGAGCUUGCCAAUUUGGCGGAUUUAUGAAGAGAAUUUGGAGGUUAUUUCGGAGUUUUUUGGGGAAUUUGCGCUUUUUAUUUGGGAAGAGAUUUCAUAUGGGGCAGAUCCGGUAUUGGCCCAAUAUGUAUAACCAAUGUUGCAAAAUUGUUUGACCAACCGGCCAAUGAGUUGAAAUGGCAGUCAAUUUUUUUAAAUGGCUAACCAAAACUCUGGAUCGGCUAACCAAGGUGUCAGAAUGGCUUUGAGGCCUCGAAAAAGCUAGCGAAGAGGUGAAAUGGGUGUCAAGGGUAGGAAUGACAGCCAAAUUUUCUUUUCGCCAGUUUUUUUUGAGGCUUCAAAGUCAUCAUGACACUUUGGCUAGUCGAUCCAGGUUUUUGGCUAGCCAUUUAAAAAAUUUGACUGUCAUUUCAACUGAUUGGCUGGCUGAUCAAGCCGUUUUGUAACGUUGGUUGUACAUAUUGGGCCAAUAUCCGAUCUGUCGCUUAUGAAAUCUCUCCCAAAUGAAAGGUUGAGAAUUUGAGGCCUGUUUUUUGGCUGAAUUGUAUUUUUUUUGCAAAAAUUUUUAAUCGGAGUUCUUCAGCGAAAGGCCGAAGAAACUGCGAACCCCUCCACUGUUCUUACGACCUUCAGCGAACCACGCAACCGAAUGGGAGGCCCGGCUCAGGACACUGUUUCGAAGUCGAUGGAGAUCACCCCGAGCAGUCGCAGGCACAAGAAAGGAUCAAAAAACAUGCAGAAGAAGGAGAAAAGUGGCCGGAAUGGACGUACCAAGAGUAGAUCUAUCAAGGCAAGUUGGUUUAUACCAGGCUGUUGGGGAAUAAAAUUAUGUGAUUAUGAUUUUCCCGACAGACUGAUGGUCGCUUUUUUUAAAUCUAAAAAAAAAUUGUUUGAUUUUUUUUAGAUUUUUGAACUUUUUUUAAUUAAAGAAUUUCAAAAAAAUUUUCAGAUUUUCCAAAAUUUUUAUGAUUUUUUUUACAAGGAAAGUACUUCUAUGGGGUGUGGAGUUACAGGUCGAGAUAUAUAUCAAAAAAUUCGCAAAAAUUUUCUGAUUCGGAAUGUAUAAAAAUUAGCUGCCUAAUUUUGGUCUAUCAACGAGUUUUAUCAAUAAAUGUAUUUCUCGAGGAAAAAAAUCUGCGGCAACAAAAGCGCGCUCGGUCUCUUCCUUCGGAAGAGAGCGGUGUGGCCGAGUGGUUAGAGCGCUAGAUUGGGAAUCCGAAGGGAACGGGUUCGAUUCGUUUUGCCACACUAGAACCCAUUUUUUACAUUGGAACUACUUCUAAGGUGUAGUUGUAAUCUAAUUUGAUAUUUCAAGGCUUGUCAAGGCCUCAGAAUUUAUUUUACCACAAAAUAAAAAUUUUUUAUUGGUAAAAACACGGUCAAAAAGACACUUGCAUGGUGUCGCGAGAAAACUUCGGAGGACAAAAACAUGUCAUCAGACCAAAAUUAGGCAGCUAAUUUUUAUAUAUUCUGAAUCAGAAAAUUUUUGCGAUUUUUUUGAUAUAUAUCUCGACCGGUAACUCCACACCCCAUAGAAGUACUUUCCUUGUUAGAAAUCCCGUGACAACGAUAUAAAAGUGAUCCGAGAAGCGAACAAAAAUUCGUCUGAGCGAACCCUGCAAGGCAUCGAGAGCCUGGAGAGCAUUAGAUCAUCAGCAGUGUCAGAAAACGAGAGUUUUAUUGGAAAUUUGGAAAAUCGGAAUUUUCAGGUAAUCUCUUAUUUUUUUCUGAAAAAUUAAGUUUAAAUUUUUUCUGGAUUUAUUUUCGUUUCAGCCCAGAAAAACUGUCCAAAAAAGUUAUCAAAUGAAGGGACCUUUAGAUGUGAACAGCGUGAUCAACUAUGCCAAGUGCACCAUGGAGUAUUGGCAGCGAAAAGAGGGCCUGGUCAUGAAUGGAAACGAACGGGUCGACGUGGAGUUGAGUGUGCGAAAGUUUGGUGAGCCAUUUGUUUUUAAUUUUGAGUAAAAGUUGCGUAGAUUGGCCAUCACCCCAAAAAAUAAAAAGUCAAUGCGAGCUGCGCCAAAGAAAGAAUAAAAGACUGGGUCCAGCCCUUAUCUAGCUUUGGCUACACCCAAAAAGCAAAGGCCUUGGGAAAAUGAAAGGGGCGAGAUCUGCAGAGGACAUUUAUACGAUGAAAAGUUGACUAGGCUCAGCUUAGUUUAGGCUUACAGCGGCGGACCUGAUGCAGUGACGAAACACGUGCUAUUUUGCUUCCGGAAAGUAUCAAAAAUGCAGCAAAAUACCUCCCUCUCCAACUAAAAAAACUCCGCUUUGAAGAGAGCUUACUCUCAUAAGAAGAGCGGGCGCACUUUUGAAAUUGGAGUUUUUUCACUGUAGCCAAAGCUUAGAUUAGGGCUUAGGCUCAGGCCUUUAUUUUUUCCUGGCCGCAACUCGCAUUUUUUGAGGUGAUGGCUAAUCUGCGGAACUUUUUCCUAAUUUUUUCCAAAUUUUUUGUUUCUAGUGAUAAAAUUUUUCAGAGCCAUCCAAAACUGGCUUCCGUCCCAAACGCGGCGAUGCAGUCCACUCGGUCAGCGUCGAUCAGACCAAGAAACGUGAGAGAGUUAGAUGGGGAGUGGAACGCCCAUAUUGA